UGAGGGAUCAAAGGGCAGUGUGCGCGCGCACGUCGGGGGUGGGGAUGCGGGAUCAAGGCGCGUUCGUCGGCCAGAGCCCGGCGGGAGCACUGGUGUGCGAGUCACACAGGGCCGCCGCGUGCAGACCCAGGAGGGGCCCGUGCCCCUGUGUGUGGGGACUCCCGCGCUGGCGGCAUUGAAGAGGGUCUCAGGUGAGGUGGAACCGUGUGGGCCAAGCGACCAGGAUGGAGGACGCUCUGGAAGUAGUGUCACGUGAGCGAGGCCGGUGAACCAGGAGCAGAGCCGUGAGGGAGCGCCGCGCGGUCGUGUGGGGAAGCAGGGCCGGAAGUAGUCUGGGUGUCCCGCGGGCAGAGGGGUCCGGGCUGCAGGGCGGGAGGCGGGGAGUCUGGUGAGAAACGCUUUUCUAGCAGCCCCGGCCGUGGGCAGAGCGACAGGUGCGUGGGGGCAUCUGUGUUGUACACGCGACGUGCGUUCCCCACGGGAACUUCACACAGGACAGACCAGCCUGCUUCCAUUUUACGGGCAUCAUGGGAGCCCCUGGGGAGGCCGAGGGUGUUGGGGGUGCAGGUCAACACUUGCAGGCUUGGGGCCCCCGUGGGAGGGCGGGGGGAGCUGGUUGGAGGUGCCUGCGAUGAAGGAAAUAAAGCCUCCAAGGAUAAAGGCAAGUGGGAGCAUGUCAGCCCACGCCUCUCGGGGAAGGUGACGUGGCCUGAGAGGACCAGCGGGGGCAGGAGAGGUGCCGGCACAUCAGGGCAGGGCUGCGUGGCCGGACAUGGCGAGCACAGGUGUCGGGGCAAGAGGAGGAGGGGCUCGGGCCAAACCAGGGGGAGUUGGGGAUGGGUUGGGGCCAGGGAGAUGGCUCAGUGACAUCCCUCUGGCUGGCAGGGUGGGAGCAGGGCAGGUUGGGGAGAACUGGGUAAGACCCGUCGCCGUGCACGAGAGACGGUGGCUGCUCCCGGGGUGGCGUCGGAGAACGGUGAGAAGCCGUGGCUUCUGGAUGCGUUUACGAGAAAGCUGACGAGAGGCCCCUGGACACCGCCAGGUCCACCUCCUGCAUGGGGCCCACUGCCUCCUGACUGGACAGGCGCCCCUGAGAGCCACCACGCCAUCUACUCAGUGUAGACGAGCGCACCGUGACAGGGAGCGGCCCAGACACUUUGUCCUCAGCACCUGCUUAGGGCGAGUGAUAUUUCCCCAGUAGGACAGGCUGAGGGAGGGGUGUGCCUGAGCAGCCGAAGCCCCUCAGGGGCACCUGGAGGUUGAGUUGCCUGCCGGACACCUGGGUGGACAUGACAGGUGAGCAGUUCAGGUCAGGGGCUCGGUGGGCACAGGCGGGCAUGGCAUAGUGGGGAGGGGGGAGGAGGCUGUGCAGGGAGAAUUUGGGGCCGGAGACCCAGCCAGCAGGUGACUAAGCAAAUGAGCCAAGAAUCAGGGGUCAGCAAAGAAUGUAGAGACCGACCCACUGAAGUCGGGGCGCUGGGCUCUGUCCAGGGCUGCCUGAAGGUCAAGCCAGACAGAGCAGGGGGUGACAUUGGUUUGGCCACUGAUGACAUCAGCAGGAACGUGGGCGUAAAAGCCAGGAGGAGGACACUGGCGAGACAGCUGAGGGGCGACGGAGGGUUUGGACCGAGAAGAGAUGGGCAAAGCCACCCGCCGACUGUCCAGCCUUUGUCCUUGUCACUCUUGUCCUGUGCACUUGCCCGCGUGUGUGAACGAGCUUUUGAAAAUGAAACAAGACCCCUCGGCCCGCAUUGUUUUGAAACCUGCUCGUACGGACCAACCAAGAUUGCUGGCCACCGGCCGGGUGCCCAGACCGGGUCCAGACUCCCAGAUGGGGCCGUGACACAGGGGUCUCCGUCUCGGUCCCAAAGCCAGCGCACUGGUGCAGGGGACAGGACAGGGAUCACAUUAAUGGUUAUGAGUUCAGUUAUGGUGUGUUCAGGAAUUAUCACCUGUGCAGAGGACCAUGGGAAGCUUGUCACGUGUGCAGAGGAUCCUGGGGGAUUGUCACAUGUGCAGAGGACCGUGGGGGGAUUGUCACCUGUGCAGAGGAUCAUGGGGGAUUGUCACGUGUGCAGAGGAUCCUGGGGGGAUUGUCACGUGUGCAGAGGACCAUGGGGGGAUUGUCACCUGUGCAGAGGACCAUGGGGGAUUGUCACGUGUGCAGAGGACCAUGGGGGAUUGUCACAUGUGCAGAGGAUCCUGGGGGGAUUGUCACCUGUGCAGAGGAUCAUGGGGGAUUGCCACGUGUGCAGAGGACCAUGGGGGGAUUGUCACCUGUGCAGAGGACCAUGGGGGAUUGUCACAUGUGCAGAGGAUCAUGGAGGGAUUGUCACGUGUGCAGAGGAUCAUGGAGGGAUUGUCACCUGUGCAGAGGAUCAUGGGGGAUUGUCACCUGUGCAGAGGACCAUGGGGGGAUUGUCACCUGUGCAGAGGACUGUGGGGGGAUUGUCACCUGUGCAGAGGAUCACAGGGUGUGGGAAUUAAUCAGCAAAGGGGGAAAUGCUGCCUCAGGCAUCACAAAAUAUGAUUUUGUCAUAAAACAUGUUUCUACUACAAAACACACAUUGACCCUGUGUCACAAAAGGCCCCAAGGAGCCAAUGACGCCGUGGUUUUGACAGGCUCCCUGGAUAAUACCGGCACUGGCUGCAGAUGCGCGCCGGCCAGGGUCCGGGGGACUUUGGGGGCUAUGGUGUGUGGGGUCUAAAGGCCCCCUUUGUUUCUCAAUUUUGAGCUUUUGAAUAAAGUCGUUUUGCACGUGUAGAAAAAGAACUUGGAACGUUGAACUGGACAAAAGUCAGGCAGCAUUUCUAGGCACUGUUGAGAAGACUCUCCUGGGAGGCGUUGAGCAUUUUGAGCUGCAGUCUCUCCGUGGGGUCGGCGGGUGCUGGGCGACGGUGGGAGUGGGGUGCAUCAAGGGCACACGGAGGGGAGGGUGCACAGCGGGGAGCCACUGCGGGUCCCUGGCUCAGCGCAGGAGCGCCUCUGAUGGGGGCUGGUGCACAGGCGCAGCCCUUGGGGUUUGCCAAGGUGACCCAGAGCUGGUAUCCGAAAAGCAGGGCGGCGAACGGCGGUGUGGCCAUGAGCUCGUGGGCGCGUGGCUGGAACAAGGCAGCCUGUGCUGUGCGGAGGGGAGGGGAGAGC